AAGCGCAUCCGGUCCAUCAAGCGCAUCAACAGCGAGAUCGAGGCCAUGCGCGCCCUGGACCACCCGGCGAUCUGCACCCUCGAGGCGACGUACCACACGCCCAAGUACGUCUACCUUGUCAUGGAGAAGGGCGGCCGCGACCUCUACGACGCGCUCACCGCGGAGCACGCGAGCUUCGGCGUCGGCGUCGUGCUGCGCGUCGCCUACGCCGUCGCCGGGGCGCUGGGCCACUGCGCGGCGCGGGGCGUCGUCCACCGCGACCUCAAGCCCGAGAACGUGCUCCUUGCGGGCGAAGUCGCCGCGGGCGACGUCGUCGUCAAGGUCUGCGACUUCGGGCUCUGCGGGCGGGCCAAGGACGGGUCCUGGGCCAUGAGCGACUUCGUCGGGUCGCCGGGCUUCUUCGCGCCGGAGAUUCUGUUCGACGACCUCUACCACGCGGAGAAGGUCGACGUCUGGAGUUUGGGGUGCGUCGUG